AUGGCGGAAAUACAGCAGACGAUACCGAUCGAACUCCCGAAGAUGAGGUUGGAAAAAUUCGACGGAGAUCCUACGAAAUGGGAACAUUUCGAGGACCUAUUUACCGCCGGAGUAAUAAACAACCCCACGUUAACGGAUGUGCAAAGGUUACAAUACCUAAACACCUGUAUAACCGGGAGAGCCGCAGCCGCUAUCGCAUCUCUUGCGAUAACGGAUUCAAAUUUCUCAGUAGCGUGGUCGACCCUGAAAGCAGAAUUCGGGCUCCCACGCUUGGUACUGAUCAAGCUACUUGAUCGGAUUCUGAGAUUGACAAAAAUCCGAAAAGGCGACCUGUCAAGUGUUCAGCAGGUCACCAUCGGUUUUCGGCAAGCACUCGCUAUCCUUGCAAAAAAAGGAACAGUGGAAGAGCAGCUUAGUUGGUUGUUAACACACAUAGUAGCAAGCCAAUUUGAUGCCGCGCUGCAAGGGGAAUGGGAGCGAUCCCUCAAGAUGUCAACGGAAUAUCCGUCGCUUGAGGAGAUCAUGAGAUUUCUCGACCAGGAGGCACGUGCUAUGACCGUCAUUGACGAACAUAACCGAAAACCUGGGUUAAAACGGGAAAACAAGCCACCAGUACGGAGUCAUAACGCCGUCGUGGAGUCCUCCCCUGCGCAGCGAAAGUGCACGAUUUGCGGACAAACGCAUGCACUCUCGGAAUGCGGCACAUUUAAGCGCUUCUCCACACGAGUACGUUACCAGAUCGUAAAGGACAGUCAGGGAUGUAUAGCCUGCCUGGCCCUGGAUCAUGACGUAAGAGGCUGCCGGAGCCAACAAGGUUGUUCGAGAUGCGGUGGCAGGCAUCACGCGCUGUUGCAUUUCGAACAAUACGAAAAGGAGGCUGGAAGCCAGACGCCGAAAUCGAAAUUUUCGAACGGCAAGCGCGAGGAACGGCGAGAUAACGCCCCUCCACAGCGCCGUACGGCUAAGGCGAAAGCCAGCACCGAUACCUCGAACGCGCAAGCAGCUACGUCACGGGCCACUACGUCACACUGUACGGCGAGUACAGACGUACCGAGGCCGGUGCUAUUAGCAACCGCGAUCGUACGAGUGUACGGAGAAAACGGCGCGUCGCGUUUAACGCGCGCGCUGUUAGAUCAAGGGUCCGAAACAUCCUUCAUCUCGGCGAAAUUGAGGAAUGACCUCAACCUCCCGAGGAAGAAAACCUCAGCCACGGUAUCGGGCUUGGGGGGUGGUCGGACCCAAAAAAUCAAGUACAGCGUAGGGCUGAAUUUGGGAACGGCUUCCGGGGUAACCCCUGUGGUUUCGGCAAGAGCGUACGUCGUGACAAAAAUCACGAAUUAUGCCUCGCCAUCAGUAAACGCGCUCGAUAACGACGUGUUGCGAAACCUGAAGCUCGCCGAUCCCGAGCCCGCGUCUUGCCAAAACAUUGAAGUUUUGAUCGGCGCAGAUUUGUACGCUCAAGUUAUUCGGUCGGGAUUCCGUCGAAUAUCUCCCGAAGGGCCUAUUGCACAAGAAACUGCAUUUGGCUGGAUAUUAUCCGGACCGAUAGAUGCAGCGAGCAAGGCCCAGGGUCCCGUGCGAGCGUUGCAUUGCAACAUAUUCGAAUCGCUGGAUCACGCGAUUCGACGGUUCUGGGAAAUUGAAGAAAUUCCCUCGACCUCGGUGCUUACAAAAGCAGAGGAAGAGUGCGAAGCUCAUUUCCAAAAAACUAUCGCACGGGUUGCAACAGGACGGUUUAUCGUCCGAUUGCAAUUUAAUCAUCCGAAACCGGAAGGAGCGCUGGGAGAUUCACUCCGUAUCGCUCUUACCGCGUUAACAAGGUUGAGAAAGAAAUUGGACAAGGAUCAGAUCCUCGUACGAGAAUAUCAAGAAUUUUUCGCGGAGUAUGAUUCGUUGGAGCAUAUGACUCGUAUCGAGCUCUCUGUAAACUCCAGACUUUACAUUCCGCAUCGAGCGGUCAUCCGUACGGAGAGUGCAACCACCAAACUACGAGUCGUGUUUAAUGCGACCAGCCGUAUAGUGGGUGGACAAUCCAUAAACGACAUCCUGCACGUAGGACCGAAACUACAGAACGACGUCACGUCCGUUUUGACGAGAUGGAGGCUGUACGAAUACGUUUUGGUGGCCGAUAUCGAGAAAAUGUUUCGUCAAAUUCUCGUUGCCCCUCAGGAUCGUCGGUUUCAGUGCAUCUUAUGGCGCACACCCGAAACCGAAGAGCUGAAAGCAUUCGAGUUGAAUACCGUUACCUACGGAACGGCGUGCGCACCAUAUUUAUCGAUGCGGACUUUUCUCGAGUUGAAAAAACGGGACGGUGACAGAUUCCCUCUCGCCGCCUCGAUACUUGAGAAGGACAUAUACGUUGAUGACGUAUUCAUGGGGGCACUCGACACGUCCUUGCUGGAGAAAAUUCGUAUACAAGUUUACGAACUCCUACAGGGCGGUGGGUUUAAAUUGAGAAAGUGGGCUGGCAAUUCGCAGAAAUUGCUGCGAAACAUCCCGCAAAGUUGUCACCCCCACGCUGUCGAUCUCACCUUGUUCGAUGACUCCGAACUCAAGGUGCUCGGAUUACGAUGGAUACCAUCGGACACAAACGAGGUCUUGAGAGUAGGUGGACGAUUGGAGAAUGCGACACUGGCAUGGGAAACGAAGCACUCCAUAAUUCUGCCAAAACAUCAUGUGUCUACCAUGAUAAUCCGGCAGUACCACGUAAAUUCGUUGCACGGGGCCUUGCAGCUGACGAUAUCCCUGGUGAAGCAGCAAUUAUGGAUCCUCGGUUGCCGAACCACGGCUCGAAAGGUCAUUCAUCAAUGCAUGAAAUGCGUGAGAUGGAGGGCACAAACCUCCACGCAGAUCAUGCAGGAUUUGACCUUGGAACGCAGUCGUCCAGCACGGGCUUUUUAA